AUGUUAACAGAUGACGACAGUACCUAGGUGCAAACGGCAAUCAGCACGAGAACGUUUUAUCCUCCACUGCGAAAUUUGAUACAUUUGUACCAUGAAGCAACUGUCGGGUAGUGCUCGGAACCAGUAUUUGGCAACUUUUUGCGUGAAUCUGCUGUCCAUAAGUUACGGAUUUACGUGCGGAUGGACAUCGCCAUCGUUUCCGAUUCUGGAGUCGUGGGACACACCCCUGCUGAGUGGUCCCAUCAGUUCGGAGGAGGGUUCAUGGAUUGGGGCAUCCUUGUGCAUCGGUGGAUUCAUUGGGAAUCUCGUCUCGGGAUGGAUGGCGGACCGAUACGGACGCAAACUAACUGCCUGUUUGGCUGCCAUCCCACAGAUUAUAUGCUGGAUAAUGGUUAUCAUUGCUAAAAAUGCAUACUAUCUCAUGGCAAUGCGCUUUUUGGGAGGCUUCUCCGGCGGUGUUUGUUUCAUGGUAAUUCCGAUGUUUAUAGCUGAAAUAUCCGAAGACAGAAUUCGAGGACUGCUAGCUUCGACACUGGUACUGACUUGUAACUUGGGAAUUCUUAUUAUGUACAUUUUGGGUAACUAUGUGCCGUACGCGAUAAUUCCUUGGAUUCUGCUGUUAUUUCCAGUUUUGUUUCUGACCAGCUUCUCGUUCAUGCCAGAUACACCUUUUUAUCUCAUGAGAAAAAAUGACUAUAUAAAAUCCGAACAAUCAUUGCGGUUCUUCCGUGGAUUCCGCAGCGGAACGCAACACGUUUCCAACGAAUUCAAACUGGAGCUAGUGAAGUUGAAGGAUGCGUUCAGCGAUGAGAAGCAAACCAUCCAGGACGACCAACUCACCUGCAAGGAUUUCGUGACUCCCCACGCGCGGAAAGCAUUCCUAAUUGGAAUUUCUCUCAUGGCAUUCAACCAAUUUUGCGGUUGUUUUGCUAUGUUGAACUACACGGCCACCGUGUUCGCCGAAUCUGGAUCGUCUCUAUCGGCCAACAUGUCGGCAAUCGUGAUUGGAACUAUACAAAUGUUUGGCUCGUAUUUGUCAACGGUUUUAGUGGAACGCGCCGGGCGGAAGCUCCUGCUUGUGGUCUCCGGCGGUGGCAUAGCGUUUGGAUUGGGCAUUUUCUCCGGUUUCACAUACGCCAAGAGUCUCGGAUAUGACGUGGCUUCGUUCAGCUGGCUGCCUCUCGUUUGCUUCUCGUUUGCUAUCUUCAUCGCAUCAAUGGGUGUCCUGACACUGCCCUUUGUCGUGUUGGCCGAGAUCAUGCCCCAAAAGAUCAAAGGAUUCGCAUCUACGUUUUGCAUGGCCCUGCUGUGGAUCUUCGCUUUCAUAGCUAUAAAGUAUUUUUCAGCACUUUUCUACGCAUUUGGGAUGCACGGUGCACUGCUGCUGUUCUCACUAUGCUCCCUCGGCGGAACAUUAUUUGUUGCAUUUAUGGUUCCGGAAACGAAGGGAAAAAGUUUCGAAACGAUUGCCGAGCUAAUGAGCUGAAGAAAAAACAAAUAGUCUAGAAAAUUUUAAUAAAAUUUUCAAAAAUGUGUUCUAAAAUAGAGUUAGUAUUAAACUGUGCAG